GAGACAGAGACAGAGUCAGAGCCGACAGUUGGGUCCGAGCUACGCUCAGUCGACAAUACAAACCUGAACCUGAAAGAUCAAAUCGCGGGGUCUGCAGCGCGUCGAGUGGCAGUGAACUUGGAAGUACUGCGAGUGAUACCAGAGGGGCAUAGUUACUGGAAAGUAGUGCCCAUAUUACUAUACGAUACCAAUUUAUGCGCCUGUUGCACACAAAUUAAAUUGAAAGUAAACGAUUUAUUUUAUAUUCGUAUUUCACAUUAUUGAUUGUGCUGUCAAUUGUGGAAAAUUGUUUGAAAGCAAACGCGGAAACGUCAGUUUAUUUUAGCAAAUAUCGCAUAACAAAUUCAAAUACAAUUUGUGUAAAUCAUAAAUAAACAAUAACGUGUGUGCCGAGAUAAAAAUACAAUUUUAUUACACUUCACAAAAAUGUUAAAGGUCAGAGGAGAUAUGAAAGGCAAAACAAUGCUGUUACUUAUAACAGUAUUCAAUGCGUACGCGACCGUGGCAGACGGACAAUCCUAUCUGCUUACCUUGGAGAACGUUCUUACACGACAAUUGCAAUAUAAUCUAACGUCUGUUAACGGUACAUCGGAACCAGAUCUGUUUGGCGAACAAUUGGAUAAUAAUACCCGAAUAUUUGUCUACAAAAAUAUCGUCGAGUCGAGCAACGAGUUGUCGCAAACGGCAAUGGAUGUGAUCACCAUAGUUUGGUAUGUGGCAACGUUUUUGGCAUUGGCUGCCUUCUUUAUGCUGAUGGCCUGUUCGGAUAGACGUUGUCGCAGUCGGCCAACCAGUGCCACGCCCACUGAGCAACAGCGUGCACCGCCCACGCCGUCACCAUCGUACAGCGAAUUCGCGCCGCCCAGCUAUGAUACGGUUAUCAAGAUGCAGCAUGCGGCCAAGACGAGCAUCUUUGUGAUUCCCUUCAACAAUGAGAAUAAGACAAAUGAUGAUUCAAACACAUCGCCAGUCUCCGCCGAUCCCGCCAGUGUAUAUACAAUUGAUGAGCGGCAAAAGACGAACAAGUGAAUUUGGCCAAAAUGAUUUCGCCAGUUGAUCUAUAAAAACUACUCUGUGAUAAUUGCUGUGCGUGCACUUGGUGCCAAUCAAAAUGUCGUCGUUUUUACCAAAACGAAACGUUCUUCGGCUAUUUUGUUGUACAGUGAAAAAAAGUAUUUUUAAAAUGUAUUGUAGCAAUCAUAAUUAUUAAGUUAUAUGCCAUAUGUUUAAUUGAUAUGUCAAAACGCAUUUGAAAUGCUUUAAAAGACUGAUGGAUUAAAUAUGAUUACAUAUUUUGUAAUAGUCAAUUUAAUUUUUUUCUGCCUUUUCAAUUGCAAGUAUUGUCAAGUGAAUAUAGCAAUAAAAUUAAUCAAAUAUGUAUUUUACACUCAAAAUG